AUGGUACAGCUUCAGGCCAAACGGAAUAUCGACAUUUUCCCUAGCAUCGUCGAUAUUGUGACCCGGGAAGUGCGUAUGGUGUUUCUUGUGCAAUGGGUACUCACGAAAGUCAACACGACAGUAGUCACAUUGUUUCAAGCGAAAGAACAUCAUGAUUUCCCACCAAAGCCAAGAAACGCUAUUACCAUUUACAUGCAGGCGAAGCUAAGGGUUUGGGAGAAAAAGACCCCAGGAGCUACGUACAAUGCGGAUGCUUUGAAGAUCCUGAGGGGUAAAUUCACGACAACCUCUGAAGAGAAGAAGACGAAGUAUUUUUGCUUGGCAAGAGAAGAACAAGAGAUUUAUGAAGAACGGAAAGAAGAGUUUUUGGCUGCUCAUCCGGAAUACAGUGAUGGGGCUGUUAUGCCAAAAAUGCCACCCACCCCAUUUUCCUUGUUCCUGAUUAAGAAUGAUGCGGAAACGUACUCUCCUAAGGCGAGGGCAGCUCAGCGAGAGAUUUUCGAGGCUUUGUCGGCGAAAAAGAUGGCGAAGUUCACCAAGCGUGCUCUGGAUUUAUUCUCGAAAUUCUUCGAUGAACUUGUGGUGUAUGUUGCUAUGAACAUCAGUAAACCUUUCAUGCCGGAGCAUGUCACACGUGCGAAUGAGGCAGCGAAACUUUAUCGGAAAGCGAGUGACUUCAAAAAUCAAGCGCAUGGAGGUUUCAUUUCAUACGUCAAAGAAAUUUCUGCGGAUUGGACCGGAAUGACUUGGAGAGAUAAAGUCAAGAAGGCUGGUGCUUCGUGGAAAGCGCUUUCCAAAGAAAGCCAGCAAGCCUACCACUCGACAGCGAAGACGAGUCAGAAAGAGAGCUCUGUUCCUGCACUCUUUUCACCGAUCAGAUUAGAUUACAUGAAAAAGCACCCAUUAUUUGUUUAUGCUUUCAAGCAUUUUGAAGAGCUCAAGAGGGAGCAGCCAGAUCUGAGUGAACCUGAAAUGCGCACGCUCAUUUUGGAGCGAUGGCAUGCCCUCAGCGAAGAAGACCAGAAAACCUACUUUGAAGAAGGGAAAAGAGUUAAAUUUCGAAGAGCUGUCAUGGAAGCCAUGAAUUUUCAAGAUGUGGAAGAGGUACCGGUGCUUCCUCCAUCGAGUAUCAAGGCUCUUUAUCACGAGACAAUGACGAAUUCUUCCAUGGACAAGUACACCUUAUUGGAAAAAUUUGAAAAACUACCGACGAAGAAAAAGAAGCAUCUUGAAGAACUUCUUAAGGAAAAGGAAGAGAGUUUCGUCCAUGAGUUCAAGGACUUCGUGCGAACCGCUACCUCGAAAACCUUGAUGACCUACAUGCGGAAUAUAUGUCGGGAAAAUUCGUCAGACACAAUGGUUGACAAGAUAUUCUCAUAUUUUUAA